AGUGGGAUAUAGGUAAAGUAAAUAAAACAUAUUUUAAAGAUAUAAUGAGUCGAUUGUUAGUGGAUAUAGAGAUGGAUUUGUUCUAAAAUUGUGUUUUACAAUGGAUAUUCACAAAUAUUCCUAUAAUAUAUUUACCAGCAAUUGCAUUGCUCUAAUAACAAUGUGUGAUAUAUUUUAACCCCUCAAAAAAGUAUUAAAUAUCCUGUAUAUAUCUCUGGAAGAUAUGGAGUUAAAAGUUUGGGUUGAGGGCAUCCAAAGAAUUGUGUGUGGAGUAACUGAAGCUACAACUUGCCAAGAUGUGGUCUUCGCAUUGGCACAUGCUACUGGAAAAUCAGGCCGAUUCACAUUGAUUGAAAGAUGGAGAAAUAAUGAAAGACAAUUGGCACCCACUGAAAAUCCCAUGAAGAUUCUUAUGAAAUGGGGAGAAUAUUCAAAUGAUGUUCAAUUUAUUCUUCAAUGGAGUGAGAGUAAAUCCAGCAGACCGAAAAUUUCAACAUCACAACCUGCUCCACAACUGACAAAUAUCACUAUUGAUUCUCCGGAGAGGCAACAAAAAUCUCCUAAUUACAAUAGUGCUAAUACUGUGGACAAUGUUGGUGUGGUUAAGGGUAUACCGCAGGUAAGACCUGCAUCAUUAGAGGUCCGUGAUAGCCAAAAUUCACCUAAAAAAGGCACCAAUUUUGAUACUUCUGAUAUUCCUAGUCAACGCGUAGCUCCUCCAUACAAAGACCCCCCUGCACCUCCUCCUUACAGAGAUCCACCACCACCAACAUCUUCAAGCAAAAAGAAUAUUUUACAAGAGUUUACAAAUAAUAAAGUCGAGGAAGAUUCUGUAAACAAAUUUCAGAAAAUUGAAGAAUCAGUUCUUUAUAAUGCACAAUAUCGUGAACUCGUUUCUCUUGUGAAUUAUCAAAGAGAUAAACUAUCAAGUCAACAAGUAGAUUUGACGAAGUUUGAUGCUGAAAUUGUGUUUUGGGAAGGAAAGGAGAGAGAGAAACAGUUCCAACUUGAUUUUAUUGCACAGGAAUUGGCUACAAUGACAAAUGCUAGUAGAAUUAACAGUGAUCAAAUUCAAGCAUUGGGUUAUGUUGAAGAGGAAGUAGAAAUAGUGAAGCAGCAAGAGAAAACACUGAAGUCUGAAAUAACUUUGCUAAGAUCAAAACUUGCCAAUUGUGAAACGGAAUUGUUACAAUGCAAAAAUAAAAUAAGAUUAGUCAUGGAUGAAGUUCAAAUGGAACAGAGAGUGAUUGCAAGAAGAAGUGAAUCAAGGAAGCAACUAGAAAGGAACCUGUUGGUGGAAAUGGAAAGGUUACAAGGUGAUAUAGAAUUGGCGAAACAAAGCACUGAAUUACAUCACUUAACUGCCGAGAGUCUUAAGAAAGAGGGUGUUUUCGUAAAGGUAGCCGCAUUGGAAGCUGCGAUCAUCGAGAAGAAGAAGCAAGUAGAGCAUUUAGUUACUGAGAUGAAAGAGGCAAAUUUACAAAGCUUAACUAUUGCACCACAAGAAGAAUUGAAGCAAGUGUUCGAGGGACCAAACAGAGCCGGAAGUACGCGAAAAAUGAUCGGAUCUCCGAGGCAACUAGAGAAUGCCGUACCUACGAAUAAAAAUCCGCAUGGCGUUUGGGUUUAGUACAAAAAAAGGAUUGAUGGAUUAGUUAAGAUAUCUCUUAAUAUAAAUGUUACUCGUAUAUAUGUAUAUCUGUAAAAGUCUGAAAUGUUUAUUCUAAUAAUCCGCCAUUUGUAGUUACUUAAGUGAACAAAGUGUUUAGAUCAAUAUAAUAUAUAUUUAGA